GGCUGUUAUCCACGCCCCGCACGCGUACCGUAUACGCUGCGCAGGCACCUACUAUACGUGCACUGCAUCUCAUUGGUGACAUCCUUGCUCAACAUGAAAAAAGUUGGUAUGAAGACAACUGGUUCGAAACGAAUUUGGAACGGGAAGGAAUAGACUGUACGGUCGAACAGAUGCGUGAGGCUGCCGAGGGCCAUCUGACCACGGAGGCUCUUAUGUGGAAUCAGAACGCCAACCAAACCACCAUCUCCGGCAUGACAUCGGAAGAUUUCAGGUCACGACUGAACGAAGCGCUUCGGGAAGCGGGCUAUGACAUCGAUGGAGAGAGAUAUCCCGAGGGUUACCAGGAGGCACCGUUGGCGUACGACGCUGUCUGGGCAGUCGCAUUAGCUUUCAACAAAACGAUGGAGAAACUGGAGAAAAGCGGACUGAGCCUCAAGAAUUUCACGUAUACUAAUAAAAAGAUCGCCGAUGACAUUUAUGAAGCAAUCAAUUCGACAUCUUUCCUUGGUGUAUCGGGCUUGGUGGCAUUCUCAUCGCAAGGCGAUCGUAUAGCGUUGACACAGAUCGAGCAACUAACUGACAACCACUACGUGAAACUGGGAUAUUAUGACACACAGGCCGACAAUCUUACGUGGCUUGAUCGUGAGCGAUGGGUUGGUGGAAAGGUGCCCCCGGAUCGGACAGUGGUAGUAAACGAAUUGAGAACGGUAUCCCUGCCGUUAUUCGCUUGUAUGACGGCACUGUGCUUGGCUGGGAUACUAGCGGCCAUCGCAUUGAUAAUCUUUAAUAUUAUACACAGACACAGAAGGGUGAUACAAUGGUCACAUCCCGCUUGCAACACUGUUAUGCUCUGUGGCUGCUGUAUAUGCCUCGGUGCGGCUGUGGCACUGGGCGUUGACGGCCGGUGGGUCCAACCGCAGCUCUUCCCCGGUCUUUGUGCGGCUAGAGCUUGGUUACUCGCCACCGGAUUUUCUAUGGCAUACGGAGCUAUGUUCACCAAAGUGUGGCGAGUACAUCGUCACACGACCAAGCCGAAGGUCGACACAAAGAAACGUAUGCACGGCUGGAAACUAUAUACCAUGGUGGGUGGUCUUCUGGCGGUGGAUGUGGCUUUACUGACGGCAUGGCAGUUACGAGACCCAUUACAGAGGACAGUCGAGAUAUUCCCGCUUGAGGCGCCGAGACACCACGACGAUGACGUCCAUAUCCGACCUGAAUUAGAACACUGCGAAAGCGAACAUAAUGCUGUAUGGCUCGGAGUGAUGUACGGAUACAAAGGACUGGUGCUAGUGUUCGGCUUGUUUCUUGCAUACGAAACUCGCUCUGUGAAAGUGAGACAGAUAAAUGAUUCCCGUUACGUCGGCAUGAGUAUUUACAACGUUGUAGUGUUGUGCCUUAUCACGGCACCUGUGACGCUCGUGAUCGCCAGCCAGCAAGAUGCCGCGUUUACGUUUGUCUCAUUGGCGAUCGUCUUCUGUUGUUUCCUCAGCAUGGCUCUCAUUUUUGUUCCUAAGGUGAUUGAGGUGAUACGACAUCCAACAGAGAGAGCCGAGAGCGGCAGGGGGUCGGGUUCAGGGACCGCCCCUGCCGACGAAGAACGUUACAGGGAACUAGUCAAGGAGAAUGAAGAGCUACAGAAACUCAUUGCACAGAAAGAAGAACGGAUUCGGGUGUUGAAACAGAAGCUAGCGGAGCGUGAAGCGGCAGCGACGGAUGGUGUGACGCAAGGUACGGGAGGUGGCGUGUUGGCUGAUUUAGCGACUGCCACUUCUGACUAUGGCACGUCAACAAACUACACUCGUUCUUCCCGCGCAUCCGUAUCAGAUCUUGACUUUUCAGAGAGCUACCUUUAAUCGCACUAUUUUUUCCCCCUUAUGAAAAUAAACAAUAUUUUGUUUAGUACAAUACAAGAGCGGCGUGUUUGACUGCCACAUUUGACUUUGGCAUGUCUAUUUUUUGUCUGUAGGUUUAUAGCUAUUACAAAACUUAAUUUUUCAUUAUUUUAUAGCUAUUACACACUAACUUAAGUGACAUAUUUUUAAAUGUAAAUCAGUAACUAUACAAUAAGAUAUUGAUCUUAACAAAAUCAUUUUUUGAUAUGUUUUAAUAAUAUUACGAACAUAGAAACACUUUGACAUCCGUGUUUUAAAGUUUUUGUCUCUAGUUAUGGUUAUUUUUCCCAUUUUAAAUCUUAUAAAAUGAAUAAAUAUGAUCUUUUCUUAAGUGACGGUUAGUUUUUUGUUUAAAAAAGAAAGUGUAUUUAUAAACGAAAUUAACUUCGAUGUGAUACGCAGGGUGUCAGAGGCGGCAGUCAAACGAUACAGUACAUAAUAAACCUACUUAACCUCUUGUCACAAAAAGAAAUUACCACACGAAUCCCUAAAUCUCUAUGCUCAACCGUGACCUUAUCUAAAUAAAAAUAUCAACUUUUUACACAUCUACCCUUCCUACAAACGUCAUUUAUUGUACAUUUCUAUUUGACUACAGAUAAUAGUGCUCAAAUGAUAAAGGCUCUGAACUUGUAUCAUACUCCACUACUAAAUCCUAACGAAUUCGAAACUUUUUUAUGACUAAUAUAAGUUCAUUAUAUAACACAUUUUACUCUGAUAAACCUUAAAUACAUUAAACCUGUCGAUAUCUUACUUAAUUUGACGUCAUAUGAUAGUUAUGUAAACAUGUCUUCAUAUUCGCACUUUACUGAUAAAUUUACUACUAUUGUCAUAGUACUUACUACCAAAGUGUUAAAGUUCAUUUUAAUAAUAUUAAAACACUUACUUACUAUUGAUUGUAAAAAUAUAUAGGUAAUAUCCGCUUUCUAUCGUGACUGGCCUCGGACAUGAAAAUAAUAGCUGAUAUGAAAGUUUUAUAAAAUUCAAUUUAAAUUCAAGUACCACUCAAAUGCAAUCGCUCUACCAAUAUACCUACCCAUAAUAGACUCGUAUAUUGUGAAUAAUUAAUUUCUAAUAGGUUCAUACUAAUUUUAAAAAUAUGCGAGCAUUUACUUUUUAUACGAAUUUUACUUAUCAAAGUGUUUGCAAAGCUUUAAAAACGUAAGACUAUAAUGGAACUUAAUAUUUGUCAGAAAAGGAUGUAUCCAAUAGACAGUUAUGUAGAUUCAUUUCAAGGAACAUAAGCGUUUAUGUCGGAUAAAGUAUGAACGAGUUAAUUUAAAUGUGUAUAUUAAUAAUGUUUGACUCAAACUAUGAUAUAAUACAUUAUAAUGCAUAGCGGCCCGUAAAACAAUGUAGUAAAUACAAAAACAUUUUUAAUUGCAUUUUGAUACCCACUAUAAGGACUGACUAAACUAUACUUAGUGAAUCAUUGAAUAUCGAUAGUAUCUGACAAUGUUUUUUACAAAAAUGAGUUAAAUAAAAUAUUCGUAAAACCCAUUCCGUUUUUCUAAAAAUUGUCAGUUCACAGGUUUCAUCAACAGGGGUGUGAAAUAUAUAUUUAUCAUAAAAAGGCAUCUUACUUACUUACUCGUAGGUACUAACGAAAGGUAUAUAUAAGAUUCAUUAAAUAUUAAAAUAUAUUUGACAUUUUCCCAAAAACUUUGAAAGGUUUUUCUGAGAACUUGAUAAAGUUGUAUCAAUUAUUAUGUAUUGUCGUGUCUUAUACUAGUUGUUAUUUAACGUAAAAAUUCGCCUAUAAUUGAAAAUCCUCAAACUGAGAAAGAAAUGUCAUGGACGUUCUAUUGUAUAUAGCAAAGGUGGGUAAUCUCUAUAUUCGAAGAAACAUCUCGAGAGUACACAUUUUUCUCAUUUUUUUCUCUCUUUAGAACGGUACAGAUAAAAGCGAAGAAUUCUGGCUAUUGAAAAUUCUUGUUUAACAACUAUUUCAAUUUAAACUAAUAAAGUAAUACAUUCAUAAAAGAUUGUGAGAAGAUUUUUAGUAGAGAAAUUACUUAAAUGAAAGGUUUAUUACAUAAUUGUUAUAAAAUUCAAUUCUAAGUUAACUACGUAAUUGUGUUAAUAUUAUUCUGUAUGUAGACAGUGAACUCAGAAAAGAUAUUUUUUAGUCUAAAACAGUAAAGAAUAAAAUAAUCGUAAUAUAGAUAUGUAAAUUCAUUUAAAUUUAAACACUUGGCAAAUGUGACUAUCUAUUAAGGAAAUGAACCAUAAAAGAAAUUAAAUCAUUCACUACAUUUAGAACGAACUAUCAAUACAUUGACGUCAAAUUCUGUAACAGUACGACGGGUGAUCUUUUUUGAAACCUUUUGUACCCUUGGAUCGAACCUUGUGAUCGUUUAACAUGGCACAUAAUUGCAUUUACAUUAUCAAAUAGUUCCUACAAUAUUCAAAAUAAUUGACAAUUAUAAUUAAAAUUUCGAACUUUAGGUGUACCUAAGAUAAUACGACCUGAGGAAACUCGCUAUUUUUUAAAAUCCCGUCUGCUAAUUUACCAACAUGGAGACGUUUCACUUGGUGUCUUGUAGAGACCAGUAAGAACAUGUUGUUUAAACUAGUGUUGGUAACUUUUUAAUCGGAAGCAAGAUUAACGAUUUACAAUUGAUUAAUUAACAAAUAAUAGACCGUUAUUAUGAAAGUUGACAUUUUAUUCUUAAUAAAAAAUACUCGUGUAUAGGAUUAGUUCGUGAUUGGAUAAUGUUAUUUUGUUAAUAUGUGUUGUACUUUUUUAUUUUUUCAAAUUAUUUGUAUUUAAAUAAUUAAACAGUACAUAAUACGAUGGAUGAACAUAUACCGAAAUAAAAAAAAAACAGCAAUAGUAAUCUUUAGUUGCCGAAAGCAACUAAGGAAGGUUAAUAUUUUUUGUCAACAUGUUGGCAUAUUAAUUGAUUAACGCCCAACAGUGCGUCUUCUUAGGUCGCAUCAUCUUAUUCUAAAAAUAAUUUCAAUUAAAAUAUAAGUAGUUUUUCUAAUGGAUAUUGUAGUGAUUUCAGUUCUCUCUUAACCUAUUUUAUAUCACACAAAAAUGUUGUUUACGCACACUGGUGUACUUUGUACUUACCUAUAAUUCCUUCUAGACUGAUUUAGGGAUAUUUAUUAGUGAUACGAAUUCUAUUUCUACCUUUUCGAUUAUAUGAAACUUAGCUAUAUCUUCAGUUAAAUAAGAUAGUUUAAUAAAUACGUAUAUCUACUACGGUCUAACAUAAGAUGUUACAAUAAGUAUACCCAACAACGAUUGAUCAUAAUAAACUACACAAGCGUCUUUGAAAUGUCACCGUUUAUAUUUUAUUCGCACGAAGUUAAAUUAAAUAGUUUUAAAAAGAUAGUUUUUAAGCUCAAGUUGUCAUUCGAAAAUAAUUUUAUGAAAGUGUUGUUUUAUGUAGAAAUUUAAUUCGUCCAUUUGCCCUUUCCAGCAAAUAUAUUGUAGUCGCAUAGCAAUUUAUCAUCAGAGAUAGGAAUACUUGUGCUAUAACAGAGAAAUUCACGGAGACUUCCUUAGGACAAUAUUUUUCUCCGGAACAUCUGCCGCAAAAUCUUUUCCAUCAUCAGCCCUUUUACGUCUCCACUGCAGGAGCUCAGGCCUUCCUUAUGGAUGGUGAAGGAGGAUGGGUCAUGACCCUCCACGCUGGCCCGAUGCGGAUUGGAGGGUAUUAACGACUGCAAAUGCAGCCGGGACCAACGGCUUAACGUGCCUUCCGAAGCACGGAGUAGCUCGAGAAACUAAUUUAUUGGUCACCCAUCCCGUGACCGACCCUUGCGAAAGUUGCUCAACGACUAAGAUCGUGGGCCGCGGCGCUUAUCCACUACGCCACCAAACUACUCGUUCUUUUACAAUAAUAUUAAUAAGUGGAUAGGUAUUGGAAGUGUGUGGUCUCCACCUAUAACUCCGGGAGAAAGGCAUGAUUAAUGUGUAUGUUUCUUUAACACUUUUUAACGUAUUAUUUCAUAUUAUUUGGUAAUUGUAACGACUAUGUUAUGUCUAAUCACCAAUUUUAGGUAAACAAAGACGAAUUACAUAUUCUAUUUUACAU